GUGGGUGUGGGGCACCCCAUCCUCGUGCUUGGGCUGUGGGCUCAGAGUGUGGGGGGCCAGGACCAGCGUGGCCUUGGGUACCGCAUGGGGAGCAGCUGCAGAGGGUGAGGGGCUGUGACUGUGCCAUGGGCAUCUCACUUGGAGCAGGAGCUCCUGCCCUGGCACAGCAGCAGUGCUGGGGACCCUGGGGACCCCGCUCAGCCCCGGUGUAGGGUGGGCUCCGCUCCGGAGCCGGCAGCGAGGCAGUUAACGGAGCUUGUCAUCCAUCUCUCUCUUAGAGCUCCGCUCCCGAGCUGCAGCUUGAGUCAGUUGUGUGGAGGAGGCAGCGGCAGCAGCUCCGGCAGGCACACCGGCACGGCGGGCACACUGGCACGGCGGGCACCCCGACCCAGCCCAGGCCACCAGCACCCAGGGCCCCGCGGAGCCAGCGGGACUGGAACCGGCCACCCCGCCUCGGAGCGGGUCCCUGGGGUCCCUCCGCCUCACCCCUGUCCUGCCACCGGGGCCGUGCCCGGCACCGCGGGGCGCCGUGCCCCGGGCAUGACGGGCACCUGCCCGGCUCCCUGACGGCGCCCGAGGCAGCGGCCGCCCCACUCGCCCCCCAUGCCCUUCGCCCACGGGGCCGCCUGUCCCCCGCCGCGCCCGGCCGGCCCCCGCGCCCCGGCCGGCAUGGGCGACGUGCCCGAGCCGUGCCCGCAGGCCCCGCUGGCCGUGCUCUCCAAGGUGGAGCUUCGGGUGAGCUGUAAACACCUCCUGGACCGCGACACCCUCAACAAGUCGGACCCCUGUGUCCUGCUGCUGAUGCAGUCCCAGGGCCAGUGGAUGGAGGUGGAUCGCAGCGAGGUGAUCAAGAGCAACCUGAACCCCGUGUUCGCCAAGAUCUUCACGGUCGAUUACUACUUCGAGGAGGUGCAGAAGCUGCGCUUCGAGGUGUACGACAGCCACGGCCAGGCUGGUGUGGGCACGCACGACGACGACUUCCUGGGGGGCAUGGAGUGCACCGUGGGGCAGAUCGUGGCGCAGAAACGGGUGACGAAGCCGCUGUUCCUCAAGUACGGGAAGUUCGCGGGCAAGUCCACGAUCACGAUCAUCUCAGAGGAGAUCUCGGGGAACAACGGCUACGUGGAGCUCGCCUUCCGUGCCAAGAAGCUGGACGACAAGGACCUCUUCAGCAAGUCAGAUCCCUUCCUGGAGAUCUACCGCAUCGACGAUGACCGCAGCGAGCAGCUGGUGUACCGCACCGAGGUGGUAAAGAACAACCUGAGCCCCAUCUGGGAGCCCUUCAAAGUCUCCCUCAACUCACUCUGCAGCUGUGAGGAGAAGAGGAAGCUGAGGUGCGUGGUGUGGGACUACGACUCGCGGGGCAAACACGACUUCAUCGGGGAGUUCUUCACCACCUUCGAGGAGAUGCAGAAGGCGAUGGGGGAGAACAAGGUGCAGUGGGACUGCAUGAACCCCAAGUACAAGAUCAAGAAGCGCAACUACAAGAACUCGGGGGUCGUGGUGCUGCUGGACCUGAAGAUCCACAGGGUUUACUCCUUCCUGGACUACAUCAUGGGCGGCUGCCAGAUCCAUUUCACGGUGGCCAUCGACUUCACGGCCUCCAACGGGGACCCCCGAAACAGCUGCUCCCUGCACUACAUCAACCCCUACCAGCCCAACGAGUACCUCAAGGCGCUGGUGGCCGUGGGCGAGAUCUGCCAGGACUACGACAGCGAUAAGAAAUUCUCAGCUCUGGGCUUUGGUGCCAGGAUCCCCCCCAAGUACGAGGUCUCCCACGACUUCGCCAUCAACUUCAACCCCGACAAUGAUGAGUGUGAGGGCAUCCAGGGCGUUGUGGAGUCCUACCAGAGCUGCCUGCCCAAAAUCCAGCUCUACGGCCCCACCAACGUGGCUCCCAUCAUCUCCAAGGUGGCUCGCGUGGCGGCCGACGAGGAGCGGACCAAGGAGGCGUCGCAAUACUUCAUCCUGCUGAUCCUGACGGACGGGGUGGUGACGGACAUGGCGGACACGCGGGAGGCCAUCGUCCGGGCCUCCUACCUGCCCAUGUCCAUCAUCAUCGUCGGCGUGGGCAACGCCGACUUCACGGACAUGCAGAUCCUGGACGGGGACGACGGCGUCCUGCGCUCCCCCAAGGGCGAGCCCGUCCUGCGCGACAUCGUCCAGUUCGUCCCCUUCCGCGAGUUCAAGAACGCAUCACCCACCGCGCUGGCGAAGUGCGUGCUGGCGGAGGUGCCCAAGCAGGUGGUGGAGUACUACAGCUACAAGGCCUUCCCCCCGCGCUGCCCCCGGCCCCCCACCCCCGACCCCAGCCUCGGCUCCCCGCAGUGAGGGACCCCGAGCCCCAGCCUCAGUAUUCCCUAGUGAGGGACCCCCGACCCCCGACUCCAGCCUCAGUUCCCCCCAGUGAGAGACCCUCCAGUGCCCCUCAGCCCCAGCCUUGGGUUGCCCCAGUGAAGGGCCCCCGACCCCAGUCUCAACGCGUCCCAGUGAGACCCCCCCACUCUCCCGGUGUGCCAUGGGGACAGACGGAGUCCCCGCAAGUCCCAGCCCUGCCCCAGCCCCCGCCUGGCUGGGACAUGGGGAAAGUCCCGGCAGGUUACCCCCGGCACUGCUCGUUCCCGGUGGUCUGUGCCCUGUGGCCCGGACCCACCCCAUCCCUGCUGUCCCCUCGGUCCCCUCGGUCCCCGCUUCUCUGUCACUGUGAUGUUUGGAGGCUGCAUGAUCUCCCCAAUAAAGCACCACCCCUGUGCCCAUC